GUCUGCACCAGGGAGGCGCUGCGCAGUCGCAUUAGGCGGCCGCCGCUGAAUGUUCCAUCCUCACCCGCCCCACCUCGGCUUCCUCCACUCCUGGCCCGCGGGCCUCGCUGCAGCGCCUGCCCAAGCUCGAUAUCCCCGCCCCAGCAACCGGACUGAAUCCCGCAGGCUUCUGCUUCGGCCACACCCUGUUCUCCACACUUCCCAGCCUGGGCCCCGGUGCUUUUCCCUGCACGCCUGCACACAUCGUCCAUCUUCCAUUGGACCGACUCUUCCUGAGCCAGCCCUCUUCCGUUCCCAUCCUCCCUGCUGUCAUUUCCCACCCUUCCCCAGCGUCUCUUGCCCAGGUCCCGGCCGUUACCUGUCUUGUAAACCUUGAACAAAAGGUGUCCAGCAUGGUGGGGGAACGUAGGAGCAGAGACUUGCUGGUGCCUCUGGGCCCACGACUGCAGGCAUAUCCUGAGGAGCUGCUCCGGCAGAGACAGGGGCAUGAUGGGCAUCCAGAGUACUUGAUCCGUUGGACUGUCCUUCAGAGAGGGAAGGAGGGUGGAGUGGGCAGUGGCAGCUCGCUGGAGGGCAAAGCAGAGCAUAUCCUCAUGUGGCUCUCAGCCCCUGAGGUCUACGCCAACUGCCCCAUGCUACUUGGUGAACGAGCACCGGCCAAAGGGCCCCAGCACGAGCCAGCGGGGAGCGUGGGCGCCUUUCCCCGGGAUGCUGGGGGGCUGGACGAAACGUCCCUGGGAGAGAUGGCUACAGACGUGCGGGAGCUGGUGCGCCGAGCCGCCCGACAGCUGGACGGUGGCGGGGGUUCCAGUCCUGCGGCCUCCGUGCUGCACACCAUCCACGUGCUGAGUGCCUAUGCCAGCAUCGGGCCCCUUGCCGGUGUCUUCAGAGAGACCGGAGCCUUGGACCUGCUCAUGCACAUGCUGGGUAACCCUGAGCCACAGAUUCGAAGAAGUGCUGGCAAGAUGCUGCAGGCCUUGGCGGCCCAUGAUGCUGGGAGCAGGGCCCAUGUGCUCCUGUCCCUGAGCCAGCAGGAUGGCAUCGAGCAGCACAUGGAUUUCGAUAGCCGCUCCACUCUGCUGGAGCUCUUUGCAGAGACCACAUCCUCGGAAGAGCACUGCAUGGCCUUUGAAGGGAUCCACCUGCCCCAGAUCCCUGGAAAGCUGCUCUUCUCCUUAGUGAAGCGUUACUUGUGCGUCACCUCCCUCCUGGACCAGCUAAGUAGCAGCUUGGAGUCUGGGGCUGGGGAGCGGGGAAACCGGUACUCUCCUAACAAGGCCUCCGGUGUGGAGAAGAGCCGUGGACAGCGGGAACUGGAGUUUAGCAUGGCCAUGGGCAACCUGAUUUCAGAAUUGGUUCGGGGCAUGGGAUGGGACCGGGGCCCGGGGAGGCAGCCUGCAUCUCCCCCACGGCCUGCCCGGUCCAUCUUUCAGCCCCGCUCGUCCAUGCCAACCCCCAUCCUCCCAACCCUGCUUAACCCUACUUCCCCCAGGAGGCCGAGCCGGGCCUUCAGACCGAGGUCCGAGUUCUCCAGCCUGAGUGGCUAUGCUGACUAUGUUCAGGAGACACUGCAGCCAGGGAUGCGUGUUCGAAUGCUGGAGGAUUAUGAGGAGAUCAGUGCUGGGGACCAAGGAGAGUUCCGGCAGAGCAACAAUGGAAUGCCCCCUGUACAGGUGCUAUGGCAGUCUACUGGCCGUACAUACUGGGUACACUGGCACAUGGUGGAGAUUCUGGGUCCUGUAACUGAAGACAAAGUUGUCAUUGGCCUAGAGAAAGGGACAGGGGCCAGCAGACUCCUGGCCCCAGGUGUAGUGACUCCUUUUUUAGACUGGAAACCCCUUGCAAGGUUAUAUGCUCUACCAUACCUUAAACCUGAGGCUCAAAGCAAUACAGAGUCUGGAUGUCUGAGCCAGGCUGAAUGGUGGGAGCUGCUUUUCUUCAUCAAGAAGCUGGAUGGGCCUGAGCAACAGGAGUUUCUCCGGCUCCUCCAGGAGAACCCAGAUGGGGAGACUUUGGAGGAAGAAGACCUUGGUGAGCUCAGAGUCCCUGUGGAGUUGGCAGAGAAGCUAGUCCUGUCACUUAGUAGGCAGGUUCAAGGCAGCACCCACAGUGACCUGCUGAGUUCUCUAGUCUACAACAAAUUCAGGCCAAAGUUCAACACGGGGUGUUCAGCCAACUCGGCCAAUCCACCCCCUCCAGAGCUUCCUCGGGACACCUGUAGCCCUGAGGUCUCAUUUCUAGAGUGCAAGGCAGCAGUGGAGGGGGAGGAUGAGACAGAGUCCCAGGGGAGGGAAGAGUCAGCAGCACCUGAAGCUGAGUUGCUGUUUCGGAGCCUGGUGGGGGAUGCAGAGCCCUCUGGGCAGCUGUUAUUGGAGCUGGAGCUAAGCAUAUGCCAGGAGGGAAUCAGGGAGGAUCAAGUGAGUCCACUCCUGGGGCAGCUCCAGCACCAGCCCCAAGCCUUCCUGCUGCUGCUACAAAGCCUGGAGACCCCUGAAAACAAGGCCCUUCAAAUGACUGGGCUGAGAAUACUGAGCUGCCUCCUGGAGAUCUCUGCGGACUCAACUCUCCCCUGGCACAAAGUGGCCUCUUCUUGUUUGGCCAGCCUGAGAAUGCCCAGCAAAGACAAUGAGGUAGUCCAGGAGUUAAUUCGCUUCCUACAUCGCCUGGCUACAGUGCACAAGGACUGUGCAGUGGUGCUGUGCCACCUGGAAGCCCAAGAGGUCCUCACCAAGGUCCUGGACAAGCACAAGGAACAACUACUCCUGGGCUCUGAGCUCAGGGAUCUAGUGGGGGAGUAUGAAAAGCAUGCCCAGCUUUACAACAACCUCACCAAAAGCAUCUUGGCCGGCUGCAUCCAGAUGGUGCUCAGCCAGAUUGAAGAACACAGACGAACCCAACGACCCAUUAACAUCCCUUUCUUUGACGUCUUCCUCAGACAUCUCUGUCAGGGUUCUGGCAUGGAAGUUGAGGACAAGUGUUGGGAGAAGGUGGAGGUGUCAUCCAAUUCUCACGGGGCCAGCAAGCUGACUGACGGAAACCCCAAGACCUAUUGGGAAUCCAAUGGCAGCACAGGCUCUCAUUAUAUCACACUGCACAUGCACCGGGGAGUCCUUGUCAGGCAGCUGAUGCUCCUCGUGGCAAAGGAAGACUCGAGCUACAUGCCGGCCCGAGUGGUAGUGCUGGGAGGAGACGGUGCCCACUCUGUCAGUACCAAGCUCAGCACGGUAAAUGUCACGCCUUCCGACAGUCAGGUGCUUCUCCUGGAGAACAUGACUCGCUUCUGGCCCAUCCUGCAGAUUCAGAUCAAGCGCUGCCAGCAGGGUGGCAUUGACACCCGUGUGCGAGGGGUGGAGGUGCUGGGCCCCAAACCCACAUUCUGGCCGCUGUUCCGGGAGCAGCUGUGUCGCCGCACACACCUUUUCUACACCGUCCGAGCCCAAGCCUGGAGUCAGGACAUCGCUCGGGACCGGAAGCGCCUGCUGCAACUCUGUCCUAGACUGAACGGGGCUUUACGCCAUGAGCAGAGUUUUGCAGAUCGAUUCCUCCCCGAUGAUGAGGCUGCCCUGGCCCUGGGAAGGACCUGCUGGGAGGCCUUGGUCAGCCCCUUGGUGCAGAGCAUCACUGCUCCUGAUGGCAGUGGGGUGAGCCCUUUGGCCUGGCUGCUGGGCCAGUACCUGGAGCACAGAGAGAAGGCCCGUUGCCCACAGGGCCGAGCAGAUUCUUUUGCGUCCCGGGUGCGUCGCCUCAGCCACCUGCUGGUGCAUGUGGAGCCUCCCCCAGGACCUCCUCCUGAGCCUCCCACCCGGCCCAAUGGCAAGAAUAGUAAGAUUCGGGAGCUGAACUCGGGAGCUGGCCUGGGCCCUCCUGGCGGCAGCCUGAGGGGGAUCACCCAGUGUUGGAGGGGUGUGGUGCAAGAGCAGGUGAGCAGGUUUCUGACCGCAGCCUGGCAAGCCCCGGACCUUGUGCCCAGAUACUGUGACACCUACGAGCGCCUCCAGAGUGCCGGGGCAGAGCUCUUUGGGCCGCGGGCAGCCUUCACCCUGGCCCUGCGCCAGGGCUUUUCUGGGGCUCUGCUGCAGCUGUCCUUUCUCACUGCUGCCCACGUGAGCGAGCAGUUUGCCCGGCACAUCGACCAGCAGAUCCAGAAGAGCCGGGUGGGUGGCCCGAGGGGGGAAGAGGUGCUGGGCCAGCUGCAGCGGAGCCUGGAGCCCAUGAUGGUCCUCUCUGGCCUGGAGCUGGCCACCACCUUUGAGCACUUUUACCAGUACUACCUGGCCGACCGCCUCCUGAGCCUGGGUCCGAGCUGGCUGGAGCGAGCCGUGCUGGAGCAGAUCGGGCUCUGCUUCCCCAACCGCCUGCCCCAGCAGAUGUUGAGCAGCCUGAGCACGUCCCAGGAGCUGCAGCACCAGUUCCACCUUUUCCAGCUUGAGCAGAUCGACCAGCAGCUCCUGGAACAGGAGGAGGAUGAGGAGCACAGCCUGGAGGCCCGUCCCCAGGAGGAGCCGGUGGAUCAGCUCCCACGUGAGGAGCCGGCCCCUGAAGUGUCCGUGCUGGUGCUGUCUCCUCGCUGCUGGCCCGUGUCCCCCCUCUGCUAUCUCUACGAGCCCAACAAGUACCUCCCCCCGGCUCUCAGCACCAACCUCAGCCGAUUUUCCAACUUCUACAGUCAGAGUCAGAAUUGGCCAGCAUUGGGGCCAAGGCGCCUACUGCAGUGGUCGUGGUUGGGCCGGGCCGAACUGUCAUUUGGAACUCAGACUCUGCAUGUCUCUACUUUGCAGAUGUGGCUUCUUCUGCAUUUCAACCAAAUGGAGGAGGUGGCCUUGGAGACUCUGCUGCAGUCCUCAGACCUCUCCCCAGAGCUUCUGAUGCAAGCACUCCAACCCCUCACUUCGGGCCUUGGGCCUUUGAGCCUCUGGGAAGGCCAAGAUCUCCCACCUGGGGGUGUGCUGCGGCUUCGGGAGGUAGAGAAGGAGCCUGGGGGGGAGGCCCUGUGGCUGCUCCCCCCCCAGACAUACCUGAGUGUGGAAGAGGAUGAGUGCCGGACCCUGGAGAGGAAGAGGAACCUCCUGAGCUGCCUCCUUGUCCGAAUCCUCAAAGCCCACGGGGAGAAAGGGCUGCACAUUGACCAGCUUGUCUGUCUGGUGCUGGAGGCCUGGCAGAAGGGCCCUUCCUCAGCCAGGGACAUGGGUGGCAGCACGGGUAGGGAGGCUGGCUGCAGCGGGGCCGAUGUCCUUUCCUGCGUCCUCCAUCUCCUGGGCCAGGGCUAUGUUCGAAGACAGGAGGAGCGGCCCCAAGUCCUGGCAUAUGCGGCCCCAGAGCCAGAGGGGCCUCCUCUAGAACCCCCCAACCUGGUCCCCUUAGGACCUGCCCCACCCUCCACCUUCCACACUUUGGAGAUCCGAACCAGAACGACCCCGAGCCCCUCGCCUCCUACUCGGACCUUUUCUACCUUCCGAUAGGCCUGGCGGCCGGUGAUUUCUGAGGCUUGGAGUGUGCUGCAGGAAGGGAUGAGGCAGUCCUGGGGUACCUCUCAGUGUCCCGGGCACAGGAGGGGUCGUGGUGUGAACAAAUUCCAAAGCCACUUAGGUGCCCAGAGGUCGGGAGAGACUGGGCUGGAAGCCUGCCUUAAGACAUUAAGACCCUGAAUGGCUGUGUGGCCCGGGGCCUCCGUUUUCUCGGCUGUAAAAUGGAGAUAAUCUAUGCACUACCUACACCAGGGGGCUGUUGUGAGGAAAGUGCGUUAUGCCUCGAAGCUCUAGAGAAAGGAGGGCGGCUGUGCACCUAAGGGUUACCCCAACCCGGCCGCUGAAGGCCCAGUCAGCCAGCGCCCCGCCCCCAUCCCGCCCUGGCUCGUCACGCAAGCCCCGCCCCUCCGCUCCGACUUGAGCUCGCUGCGCGCCGCGCUCCGCUGAGUGGCCUCGGCUCUGGUCCCGGCCGCACUGCAGCCCAGAACAGCUCGCCCAGGCCGGGGAUGAGCCCACGCCGGGGCGGGGCUGCGGGAAAGGGUUCUGGGCUGGGAGGAAGUAGGGAGCCCCAGGUCCUCUGCCCUGCACGAAGCACCCAGCACGAGCCGCGGGCUGCCCAGAGAGGUGAAUGGGAGAGGGUCGAGAGGGAGUAAGGGACCGAAGACGGCCUCUAGAGAGGAAAGUGGGUAUGCGCGGGCCCAGGGUGGAGGAGGGAGAACUCAGCGCAGGCAGGCCGUAGAGGAAGGACACCCUGAGAGUGGGAGGUGACAUUCAGUGCCUCAGACCAGAGGCAGGGGGAAGAAGAGGGAAUGGGACCUAGAGGCAGAGCAGCGAGCAAAGGGUGUGAAGGAAUGUCCAGCCGUGGGUGGGCACCAGCGGCCCGGCAGGAUGGUAUCCCCAUGUCCUACAUGGCUGGUGGUGGCCCUCAUCUCAGGGAGCAUGCUGCUGGCCGACGGCUAUCUCCUGGGUCAGAGCCCAGGAGGUUGGUGGCUGGGCCUGGGGCUGCUGCUCUCUGCCGGCAAUGUCUGCCUGCUCUUGGUACUUCGCCCCGUAGUGGCUGGUGCUGAUGCAGAAGCCCAUAGCACCCGCCGGGGCUGCACCAUGUUGCUCUGGUUUCUCUACAUCUUCGUGUUGGAGAUGAAGGUCUACUUCAUUUAUCGGACUUGCCGGGCUGAGGGGCACUGCCCCAGCCCACCGGCCCGCCAGGCCUUCACCCUGGUGCUAGCACUCAGUGUGCCUGGACUCUUUGCCCUGCUGGGGUCUCCAAAGGCCCCAGAGAUUUUGUCAUCCUUCCAAUGGCGUGAAGAACUCAGGAGUCACCUGCUCUGGGUGGUGGCAGACUUGCUGGAUAUUUUAGAUGUGCAGGCAGGGCUGUGGGAGCCACCUCAAAGGGCAUUGCCCUUCUGGGCAGAGGGUGUCACAUUCUUCUACUGCUAUGCUCUGCUACUGUUGCUACCAUGUGCUGCCCUGGGGGAGCUCAGCCUACAAGGCCCCCAGCCUCUGCCUCACCGCAUGGUACUCUACCCCCUCCUCAGCCUGCUCACAGUCAAUCUGGCCACCAGCCUCAUCAGGGCCACGCAUCUCCUGCUCUUCCGUGACACUUAUGUCUCCAGCAUCUUUCUAGGAAAGAACUUGCUGGCCUUGGCCCUCAAGCUCAGCAUGUUCCUGCAGUACCGAAAACAGUGGCUGUCUGGCUCAUCAUCACCCUGGACUCCCACCCAACCUGGCCUUAUUAUACCAACUCAGGCCAUGAGGCCUACCUGACGUGCCCUGCUUGCACAGGGACAUGGGGAUGGAUGUGGAUUGCCCUUCUAAGCUAUCACUUUCACCAGCACAACCUGCCCUUUCACCUUUGACUUGGACUUGCAUUUUGGAACUCUGAGGACAGGACCUGAUCCACAGGUCUGUUGCAUUCAGGGACUUGAGAAAGUCUGUGAGUAUGAGAAAGUAUGCUGUCCAAAUCAGAGUCUGAUGCAGGCCAAGAGCCUCAAGUGUCAGACUAUGCACAAUAAAGCUAUAGCUGAGGCCCA